AUGAAAUUUCUAUUGUCUGAUGCUCAAGACUAUGUGACCGAUCGAGCUGUCGGUGAGUACCAAUGCACAACCGGAUAUCCAACUUUAAUCGCCGAUUUUGAUUGCAUCGGUGGUGCUCGUCAAAAGUACAAUGUGCAGUUGCAGAAUUGCAGUGACGUGUUGAACGCGGCUAUUGCCAAGGGAGGAAACGUUUGCCCG